GGGUGGGGUGACUGAGUACUCCACGUUCUGGGAAGCGUGAGCUACUGUAUAGAGGGGGUUCGGAAAGGCCUUCUGGGUGUCUGGCAAGGACUGGGGAAGAGAAGAGCUUUGUCUGUACCCUGCGAUGCAUAGGUGUUAUGGAAUUUUGGAUCCCAGGUCUCUAAACCUCAGCCGAGGUCACUGCUGUCAAUUCACUGCUCUUCGUGCCAGGCGCCGGGCGGAAUGGCGCGGACAUCCUGAGCUCUGACUGAGGACUGUACUAAGGUACACAGUCACACUGUACGGUAAGCACACAGCAGCAGAACUGUGACGAUAUCCAGCAGAGACAUGAGCUACUUCUGGGAUUUGUUUACAUCUGAAUGUUUCUUAUGAGGUUUUGAUAAUGCCACACAGCCUGUAAGCUUUGGUGUUUCCCUUUCAAGAUGCCACUUUCAGACUUUGUUCUAGCCCUGAAGGACAAUCCCUACUUUGGGGCUGGAUUUGGGCUAGUAGGUGUGGGCACAGCCUUAGCCCUGGCCCGGAAGGGCGCCCAACUGGGACUGGUGGCAUUUCGGCGGCAUUACAUGAUUACACUGGAAGUGCCUGCUCGAGACAGGAGCUAUGGUUGGUUGCUCAGCUGGCUCACCCGACACAGUUCCCGUACUCAGCACCUCAGUGUUGAGACUUCAUACCUUCAGCAUGAGAGUGGCCGCAUCUCCACCAAGUUUGAGUUUGUUCCCAGCCCUGGGAACCACUUCAUCUGGUAUCGGGGGAAGUGGAUCCGGGUAGAACGAAGCCGAGAGAUGCAGAUGAUAGACCUGCAGACGGGUACUCCUUGGGAAUCUGUCACCUUCACAGCCCUCGGCACUGACCGCAAGAUUUUCUUCAGCAUCCUGGAGGAAGCUCGAGAGCUAGCCUUGCAACAGGAGGAAGGGAAGACGGUAAUGUACACAGCUGUGGGCUCCGAAUGGCGCCCCUUUGGCUAUCCACGCCGCCGGCGGCCCCUGAGUUCUGUGGUUCUACAGCAGGGUCUGGCUGAUCGAAUUGUCAGAGACAUCCGAGAGUUCAUUGAUAACCCUAAAUGGUACACUGACAGAGGGAUUCCCUACAGACGUGGCUAUCUGCUUUAUGGGCCCCCUGGUUGUGGAAAGAGCAGUUUUAUCACAGCCCUGGCUGGAGAACUGGAACACAGCAUCUGCCUGCUGAGUCUCACAGACUCCAGCCUGUCCGAUGACCGGCUCAAUCACCUACUGAGUGUGGCCCCACAGCAGAGUCUGGUGCUCCUGGAAGAUGUGGAUGCUGCUUUUCUCAGCCGAGACUUGGCUGCAGAGAACCCUGUGAAGUACCAAGGUCUAGGUCGUCUCACCUUCAGUGGGCUGCUUAAUGCUUUGGAUGGCGUGGCUUCUACCGAGGCACGCAUUGUGUUUAUGACCACGAACCACGUGGACAGGCUGGACCCUGCCCUGAUACGCCCUGGGCGAGUAGAUAUGAAGGAGUAUGUGGGCUACUGCUCACACUGGCAGCUGGUGCAGAUGUUCCAGAGGUUCUAUCCAGAGCAAGCGCCUUCCUUGGCUGAGACUUUUGCAGAACAUGUCCUUCAAGCUACAACCCAGAUUAGUCCUGCCCAGGUACAGGGCUACUUCAUGCUAUAUAAAAAUGACCCUGCAGGGGCAAUUCAUAAUGCUGAGUUUCUGAGGUGACUGACCAGGCGAUUUACUCAGCUCCCCUUUCUGAAGAAAUCAAUAAAUACUUGCCACUCUG